AGUCAGUUCGGUGUGUUUGGUGCUGAAGUGAAGUCAAUGUCAGUGUAUGAGGGAGAUUCUGUUAUUCUACACACUGAUACUGAAAUACAGAAAGAUGACAAGAUACUGUGGAGGUUAAGAGACGAAGACAGAGCUAUUCUUCUAGUUGAGAUGAUUGAAUAUAAGAUCACAUAUUACGGUUUUAAGUAUGAGAGAUUUAAAGACAGACUGCAGAUAUCAGACACUCGGAGUGGAGAUCUCACCAUCAAGAACAUCAGAAUCAAACACACUGGACUCUAUGAAGCAGAGAUCAACACUGGCACUGGAACAUCACACAAGAGAUUUAAUGUUACUGUCAAAUUAUGUCCUCGUGUUGAUGAUGCUGGAUCAAGUGGAUUAUUUUCAGUAACUGAGGGUGAAUCUGUUACUCUACUCACUGAUGUACAAACACAGAGAGAUGAUCUGAUACUGUGGAGAUUUGGAGAUAAAAGUGUUCUCAUAGCUAAAUGUGACAUGGAGGACAAUACGAUCUCAUAUGAUGAUGAUGAUGAUGAUGAUGAUGAUGGGAGAUUCAGUGGCAGACUGAAGCUGAACAAUCAGACUGGAGAUCUCAUCAUCACAAACAUCAGAACCUCAAACGCUGGGGUUUACAAACUGAAGAUCAGCAGCAACAGCAGAGAAACAAAAUACAAGACAUUCAGAGUUUCUGUCAGUGGCAGUGUCGUUGUGAUACAGCUGUGGCUCCAAUUGGCUGUCCUUGCUGCAACGUGCGUGGCUUCUGUGGCUGCUGUGAUUGUUCUGGGUUAUGACAUCAAAUCUAGAAGAGAUGAACAGAAGAGGAAACAAACAAAAACAUCAUCUGAUGAAUGAGAUUCUUAAAUAACAAUUAACUUUAUUUAAGUUUAUUCGUUUUCUUCUGUUUUUAGAUGCAUACAUUAUAUACAUUUAGUAUGUCCUAAAAUGUUGCCAAACUUUAGCAAUUGAUGUCUGUAGUACUAUUAUUUAAUUAAAUAUAUAUUUUUAAAAAGAUGUAUUUUUUGCAUUCAUGUUGCAUCGUUGGGUUUGCAUUGUAAACUAAAGCUCAACAUUUGGGAAGAAUUUAAAAAGCUUUGGUAAAAAAAUUACACUUACUGCGUCAAUGCCCAGGAGAAUAGCAAAUACAAAAAUGACUACACAGUAAAACUCCCAGUGUUAAAUGAACACUGCUGGGAGCAUAUAUGGUCCCACUCUACAGGGUGUUAAAUUUACACUGAAUCAGUGUUAAAGUUAAUGAGGUAAUGAAGUGAUGAUUAAGACAUUAAUGGUGAACACCUGCUGGUCAUUUCAUGUCAAAUCAACUUAAUUUUAGAAUUGUUCCUGUCUCUAAGUUUUUAUUUUAUUUUUCUGGAGAAAGUAAUACUAAAAUAAUGAAAAAGGUCAACAUAUUAAAUGCAAUAGAUAUAUAAAAACUGCUGUGUGUAUAUA